AUGACACAAUCUUGUUGCUGUAGUCAUUCAUCGAAGGGAAACUCCCACAGGAAAAGGCAUAAAGCUGCUCAGGGAAGGCGAAGAGGCUGCUCAGUGCUAGGCAGCCAAAGCCGGGGUUCGAUUCACACAGAGCUAAGCAUGAGCACCAGCCAAGGCCCUUUCCAGUUUUUUUCUGGGUCCCUCAGGGGUAGUUCAGGGUGUGGUUUGGCCCAGCAAGGAACUUCUUACAGAGCGUCAAGUGCAGAUGGUGGUGCCAGCAGCACACAUCCCUCCUUCUCCUCCGCCAGACCCCUCUGGCUGCCUGCAGGAGGGGCACCCUGGGCAGGCUUCGGCGAGCACCAUGGGGAAAGCAUCUUCCUGGGGGGCAGUGAGAAACAGACCAUGCAGAACCUGAAUGAGCGCUUGGCUGCCUACCUGGACAAGGUGCGAGCCUUAGAAGCAGCCAACGCUCAGCUGGAGAGCUGCAUCCUAGAGUGGCACAGGACAAAGUCUCAUGGAAAGAGGCAUGACUUCAACCAGUACGAGCAAAACGUCACUGACAUGCAAAGACAGAUUGAGGAUGGCAAGAUCACCAAUGCCAGUAUCCUUUUACAAAUCGAUAACGCUAACAUGGCAUCUGAAGACUUCAGGCUCAAAUACGAAGCGGAGAAGUGUCGCAGGCAGGGAGUGCAGCUGGAUGUGGAGAACCUGCGGAAGGAGCUCGACGGCCUGACCAUUAUUAACACGGAUCUGGAAAUGGAAAUCGAGGGCUUGAGAGAAGAGCACAUCCUCAGGAGGAAAGACCACGAGGAGGAUAUGCAGGCAAAUCGCUCCUCACAAGACUUCAAAGUCAACGUCAAAGUAAACGCGGCCCCUCCUGAGGACUUAGGCAAGAUUCUGGCAGAAAUAAGAGAAGAUUAUGAGGCCAUAAUCGAAAAGAAUCGUCAGAGCCUGGACAACUGGUACAAAGAACAGAGCUCAGUCACGUCCCUGGCAGCAACCCCCAAUCCUGAGGAGAUCCAGCGCAACGAGAACGAGAUCAAGGAGCUCACACGGACUUUGCAGGCCCUGGACAUCGAGCUGCAGGCACAGAUAAGUAAGAAACACAUGCUGGAAGACACCUUGGCCGACACUCGGAAUUACUACGCUGCCGCGCUUCAAAACAUGCAGCAGAUCAUCUCCAGGUGUGAGGAAGAGCUGAGCCAGGUUCGUCACGACAUGAAGCAGCAAAACAACCAAUACAAGGUUCUUCUUGGGAUCAAAACCCGCCUGGAGAAGGAAAUUUCCACGUACCGCCUGCUGCUGGAAGGGAAUGCUGACGGGACAGCAAGAAAAUCUGAAGCUAAAGAACACGCCGGGCUGAGCAAACGGAAGCUCAAAGCGAUUGUGCACGACAGCGUGAACGGGGAGGUGGUGUCCUCCACCAUCAACGAGAUCCCCCCACAAGCCUGAAGGAAGGUCCUGCCAACCAGUGGCUCUCCUGGCAGCAGCUCCCACAGCCCCCCCGGGAACGGUGAUGUGCUGUGAGCCAGCUCCCCGUGUGUGGGACAGGGACACUGCAGUGAACUCGCUCCUAACAUGAUCUGCAGCCUAACCCUGCAAAGUGCCACACGGAGCUGGGUAUAGCUGAUAUUGGUAGUUUAAAGAGCUUUUAGUCACCCAGACGCUGAAGAGAAGCUGAUCAGCGUCAGCAGCUGGCUGAGCUGGUGACAGAUGUAUCGUGCACAUCUCCCCGGGGCAGGAAUCUCCGUCUGGGAUUCAGUUAUCGCUCUGCAAGUUAACUAUAAUUUAAAAGGAAUAAUCUCUCAACUUUUUUCCUGGUCUUAUGCCUCUCAUCAUAUACCUCACU